UUCAUAUGGUCUUUACUUUAGUUGAACUGGUAGACUUUUCAUUUCUUAUUAAUUUUUGCUAAAUUAGAAACUCUCCAAAUUCCUUUUAUUUAAUCAUUUUUAGUGAACAGUUAAGCUAACAAGAAUUUCAUUAACACUAACAUUUACAUCAACCAAUCUUUCAGCUUUCCAUUAAAAAAAAACGUUUCUUGAUCAUUAAAACUGUGUUGAAACGUUUUUAUGAUCAUGGUAAGGGAAAAGAUUGAUUCUUUGUGCAUAUAAAUGAGUAAAGAUUUGAACUUUUGAUGUGGGUAUUGUUGUGAAAAAUGGGUGGAGAAGGAAGAAGAAAAAGAAGAGGGAGAGUUAGUUUUAGUGUGGAAGAAGCUGUUGAGUUCUUGAAUAAUUUGUAUGCAGAGAAGCCUGUUUUGCCCUUUUUGGUGCCUUUAGUUUUGGUAUUUUGGUGUGUUGAGAGAUGGCUUUUCCCUCUUUCCAAUUGGGUCCCUCUUGUUCUUGCUGUUUGGGCCACUGUUCAGUAUUAUAGUAAUCAACGUCAAAUACUUGUCGAAGACCUGAAUAAUAAGUGGAAGCGAGUUGUAUUGAGCACCUCGCCAGUAACACCAUUGGAACAUUGUGAAUGGCUGAACAAGCUGUUGUUGGAAGUUUGGCAAAACUACAUACACCCAAAACUUUCAAUAAAGUUUUCAUCCAUGGUUGAGAAACGUUUAAAGCAGCUUAAGUCAAAGCUUAUAGAAAGAGUUGAACUACUAGAGUUUUCACUAGGUUCAAGCCCUCCUUGCUUUGGUCUUCAUGGCACUCACUGGUCAACUUCAGGAGAUCAGCGGUUUAUGCGUAUUGGUUUUGAUUGGGAUACCAGUGACAUAAGCAUUAUGUUGCUGGCUAAGCUGGCCAAGCCGAUGGGAACUGCUCGAAUUGUUGUUAACAGCCUGCACGUAAAGGGCGAUCUUAUUUUGAUGCCUGUUUUAGAUGGAAGAGCAGUUUUAUACUCGUUUGUAUCAACUCCAGAAGUAAGAAUUGGAGUUGCUUUUGGAAGUGGCGGAAGCCAGUCGCUACCUGCCACAGAGCUACCCGGUGUUUCUUCUUGGCUGGUCAAAAUUCUUACUGACACCUUAGUUAAGACAAUGGUUGAGCCUCGCCGCCGUUGUUACUCUUUACCAGCAAGAGAUUUGAGAAAAAAGGCUGUCGGUGGUGUUAUUCAUGUCACUGUUGUUUCUGCUAGUAAGCUUUCGAGGAGUUCCUUCAGAGGAAGCCCUUCAAGAAGGCAGCAAAAUUACUGUUCAAUUGGAGAAGAGAAUUUUGAUAAUAAGGAUCUGCAAACUUUUGUGGAGGUUGAGCUUGAAAAAUUAAUGAGAAGAACAGAUGUCAAACCUGGAUCAAGUCCAAGAUGGAAUUCCACAUUUAACAUGGCUUUACAUGAAGAGACUGGAAUUCUCCGAUUUAAUCUUUACAACUGUACUCCAAACAGUGUGAAGUUUGACUAUUUGGCAAGUUGCGAGAUCAAGGUAAAGUAUGUUCUAGAUGAUUCGACUACGUUUUGGGCAAUAGGACCCAACUCGGGGGUGAUUGCUGAACGUGCUGAUAUUUGUGGAGAAGAAGUGGAAAUGAUUGUUCCAUUUGAGGGUGUCAACUCAGGGGAGUUGACAGUCAAGCUUGUGCUGAAAGAAUGGCAAUUCUCUGAUGGCUCACAUAGCUUCAACAAGUUCCCUGUUAGCUCUCGGCAGUCGAUUAAUGGAUUAUCAAGUCUUGUUUCGAGAACAGGAAGAAAAAUUAACAUAGCUGUCGUGGAGGGGAAAGAUCUUGCAACAAAAGAAAAAACUGGAAAAUGUGACCCAUAUAUUAAACUGCAGUAUGGAAAGGUUAUUCAGAGAACAAGGACUGCAACUGCCUCGAAUCCCAUAUGGAAUCAAAGAUUUGAAUUUGAUGAGAUCGAAGGCGGUGAAUGCCUUAUGAUCAAAUGUUAUAGUGAAGAAAAGUUUGGAGAUGACAGCAUGGGUAGCGCACGAGUAAAUUUGGAAGGAUUGGUUGAGGGUUCAAUAAGGGAUGUGUGGGUUCCUCUUGAAAAAGUGAGCUCUGGAGAAUUGAGGCUUCAAAUAGAAGCAAUGAGAGUUGAUGAUUAUGAUGGCUCAAGGGGUUCCACUAUAGGCUCAAACAAUGGCUGGAUCGAACUUGUUCUUAUUGAAGCAAAAGACCUUAUUGCUGCUGAUCUAAGAGGGACAAGUGAUCCGUACGUCAGGGUGCAAUACGGAAACUUGAAGAAGAGGACAAAGGUUAUGUACAAAACACUCAAUCCUCAGUGGCAUCAGACCCUAGAGUUCCCUGAUGAUGGUAGUCCUUUGAUGUUACAUGUGAAAGACCACAAUGCUUUGAUGCCCACAUUCAGUAUAGGGGACUGUGUCGUAGAAUAUCAGAGAUUGCCGCCGAAUCAGAUGUCUGAGAAGUGGAUACCACUCCAGGGAGUGAGAAGGGGAGAGAUCCACAUUCAAAUUACUAGGAAAAUUCCAGAAAUGCAGAAACGGCAUAGUUUGGAUUCGGAACCAUCUUUAACUAAAUCGCAUCGCUUUUCUAGUCAGAUGAAACAGAUGAUGAUAAAAUUCAAUUCGCUGAUAGAGGAUGACGAUGUGGAAGGACUAUCGAUAGCAGUGAGUGAGAUGGAAAGCCUAGAGGAAAUGCAGGAAGAAUACAUGGUACAGAUGGAGACAGAGCAAAUGCUUCUACUGGAGAAAAUAAAGGAGCUUGGUCAAGAAAUUCUUGGCUCAUCUUCUUCUAUUAGCAGAAGAUCUUCAGGACUUAGAUGAGUUGCCAUUUCAUCCACUUUACAUAUAUAUAUAGUACAGGUUACACAGAAUUUUUAGCCACAUAUUCAUCUGUAUAAUUUGUACAUUACUUUUAGCCCUUUAUUGCUCAAACUGGUUUUUAAUACUGGAAGCAUAUGAUUUCUUUUUUCUUUUCAUUACCAUUCCGACUUGGAACCUCUAUACGACUAUAUCAAGUCUGUAGAAAUAGGAUGUAUAUGAUUUUUUGUUAUAAGUGAAUUAGUAUUAUCGUUGUGAUA